AUGAUGCUCUGGUUAAGUCCUUUAUGCAUCGUUGUAUUUAUCUCUUUAAAUAGCAUUAUCUAUGCAUGUGAUAAAGAUCCAAAUGAAGGCGCGUCAGUUGUAGCUGCUGGCUCAUUUCUUGCAGCUAGUAGUGACCAAGGUGUCAAUUGGUCACCAACAGAAACCAAAGGUCAAAUGAAAUUCAACCAAGGAACUUGUCGAUAUGAGAAAAUCGUCCAAGGAUUACCAGUCAAUACAAACUAUGAAUGGAAAGUUGCGUUUAAUGGUAACUGGGGUGGCGACAAAGGAUGUGUUGGUGGUACUAAUUGUCAAUUUAACAGCGGUUCUUCUGGCGUUGUUCUUCUAAUCUAUAAUUCAUAUAGUGGACAAUUGACGACAAGUCCUCUCACUAGCGGUGAAACUACAACUCCUGGUGCGUCAACAUCUACAGCAGUACCGACAUGUUCGAAUCCAUUUAAUGGUCGAAUAGUUCGAGCAGCAGGUGAUUUUCAAAUAGAAUUAGGUAGCUCAGCUCUAUGGCUUGCUACGGAAGCUAACACGUUAAUGACAUUGGAUUCAGCAUCUUGCCUUUAUUUACUUGUUCUUUCUGGUUUAACACCAAACAAAGCAUAUGAAUGGAAAGUCACUUUUGAUAAUUCAUGGGCAGGCAGUAUUGGUUGUAAUAAUGGUGGUAACUGUAAAUUUUCUACAGGUGCAGCUGGUACAGUUGAGCUUGUAUUUAAUCCUAAUACAAAAGCAUUAUCAUUUCGUCCUCUGACUACUGUUUGUGGUAAUGGAGAAUGUGAAUUAGGUGAAACAUGUCGAACAUGUUUAACUGAUUGUGGUGUAUGUCCACCAGCUGUUUGUGGCGAUGGAAAAUGUGAAGAUGCUGAAACAUGUGAUUCGUGUUCAAGUGAUUGUGGCAAUUGUCCAGUAUGUGGCGAUGGAACAUGUCAACCUAAUGAAACAUAUCAAACAUGUCCAGGCGAUUGUCCUAAUGAACUACCAGGAUGUGGAGUAUUUAGAGAAGAAAGUUGUGAAGGUGGCUCUCAAUUUCAUGCAAAUGCAGGUGUAGAAGCAAAACGUUGGCAAACACCGAAACCUGGCACAAAAGAUUAUCAAUCAUCAUAUCAAGAUUAUCAUACACUUGUUGGUUAUGCUGAUAUCAUUUAUACUGGUUCUGAUCGUAGUGCAGCUGAUGUUUGUCUUGAAACAAAACAUCGUUAUGCUAGUACAGUUACAUUAACUUAUUAUUUUGAUAAUACUGCUCAAUCUAAUAAAUGUAAACGUUUUACAAGCGGCUAUACUGACAUAUUAAAGGCCGUAGUUGUUGGAAGUGAUGGAUCAACAUUAGAAUUACCAGAUAUUGAUUUCGUUUGGAAUGCACGGCCGAUUGCUAGUCGAUCAGGUGAUUAUCGUAAUGGACAAAAAGGUGGUGUUGCAGAAAUGUUUGGAUGGCCUCAUAAAGAUGUUAAAGAAGAAUGUGAAUUUCUUGCUAAAGCUGGCUAUUUAGGUGUAAAACUUUUUCCAGUCCACGAACAAUUAAUGUCAACACAACCAUUUGAGGAUGCCAUGAAUCCAUGGUAUUUUAUGUAUCAACCAGUAUCCUACAAGUUAGAUGGUCGAAUGGGUACACGGGAAGAAUUACGUGAGCUAAUUAAUACAUGUCGUGGAUAUGGUGUCCGAGUCUAUAUUGAUGCAGUUCUCAAUCAUUUCACUGGUGCUGGUAAUGAUAUGAAUCAACAUCGAAAUCCUAAUGGUUGCGUAAAAUGGGGUAAUAAAACAAGCAGUGCGCCAGUUGAACGACAAUCACCCUUCUAUACACACGCAUACACUUAUCAAUAUAAUCCAAAUACAGGCAAAGCUCCAUCUAAUGAAUUUCCUGGUGCUACGAUUGGUCCUGAAGAUUUUCAUUGUGAUCGUGUACUUGGUUCGUGGUCGGAUUUAUUUAUUAUGAAUAAUGGCUGGCUUGUUGGCCUUAGUGAUCUUGAUACAUCGAAAGAUAAUGUUCGUGAACGUCAAGCCGCAUAUCUUGUUGACAUGUUGAGCAUAGGUGCUAGUGGUUUUCGUAUUGAUGCAGCUAAACAUAUGUCACCUGAAGAUAUUUCUGCAAUAAUGAAAAAAGUUCAAAAGAAAAUGGGUGGAAAAUUGCCAGAUGAUUUCUUUGUUUGGCUCGAAGUUCUCACAGGUGGAGAAGCUGGCGUUAUAUGGCAAGGACCUUCAUGGUAUGGUACUAUGUUCGAAAAUAUUCUUAAGAAUGAUCUUGGCUCAGAUUCUGAAGUCAAUAAAAUUAAGAUGUGGGAUGGUCUCUAUCCAAAAGAACCGUUCAAUAAUCCAACAGUAUCACGUCAUCGUGUCGUCAUUCAAAAUGAUGAUCAUGAUCAACAGAAUCCAGGUUCAAGCAGUCGUGAUAUGGCCGGUGCUGGUUGUGUCCUUGUUAAAAAUUGUCCUGCAUCUGAUCAUCGUAAUUUUGAAAUUCGUCUUUUUGCAAAUCCAAAUGGUGCACAGAACAACGAUAACGAUUGGCCUAUUCGAUUUAUUCUGUCGUCUUAUUAUCAUACUCAUGGUGUUCUUGGUAUUCCUGAUGGAAAAUCAUUAUGUGAUCUAUGUACUGUCACAUGUGCAUCAUGUCGUAAUUCUGUGCCAUAUAUAAAAGCUCAUGAGCCAAUGGCUUGUGCAUAUGCUGGUAGUGGUUACACACACACACAUCGUGAUAUAGCUGUUAUAAAUGCAAUGCGUUCAUGGAUGCAUUUAGCACCGGUAUCAGGAGCAUCGUUGGGUAUUGGACAUUGUGGAUAA